UCUGUUCAUGCAAGCCUGUCCCGCACGUUCAAUAACUGCAGUUCCCCCUUUGAAAACAUAACAUAUAUUUAUCAUUUUUCUUAGCUUUUUAAACCGAAUGGAAAUUGAAAUAGGUUGAAAAAACAACCGUUCAUUAGAGCAAUCGAAAUCGUUGACAGAUCUUUGCGCUUUAUUUGUUUUGCUGCUGCUGUUGUGCUAAAGCGGCGGUUGGGGGUUGGUCAGGCAUGUCUAGCGAGGAGAGCUACCUGGCCAUCCUGCGCUACCUGACUGAUGAACGUGAGCCCUACGCCCCGGGGACAGAGGGAAAUGUCAAGCGCAAGAUCCGCAAGGCUGCCGCCUGCUAUGUUGUGCGGGAUGGUACGCUGUACUACCAGCGGCGUCAGAAAGGCCGGGAGAAGUUUGCCGAGCUGGAAGUAGUUUUGCAGGCUGGGCGGCGGAAGGGACUGAUCGAGGCCGCACACAUCACCGCCGGAGGAGAGCACCUCAACCGCCACCAAAGCUGGCAUCUCAUAUCGCAAAAGUACUGGUGGAGAGGUAUAUUAAAGCAUGUGAAAGACUAUAUCAAAGAAUGCAGCCGAUGCCAGGAAAAGCAGGAUCGCACUCGGGUGUGGCCUGACUCGGUACCCCUGGAUGAGUUUGGUGAGGACAGCAGAACCAAGGAGGAUGAUGAGGGCGAGGAGGAGGAAGAGGAGGAGAUUAGUAUCUCUGAGCUGCAGUCCAGUGCCAGACCCAGGCCCUCUAGAACAGUCAAGCUUGUUUCCAAGCAUGAGCUGGUGUUUGUGGACAGCAAAGGCAUUGUAAAGCAAUGCUCAUCGAAGCAUGGACAGGCGAUGCUGGACAAGCUAAACUCGCAGAGGCUCAAUAAUCAGUUCUGCGACAUCACAUUGCUGAUCGAGGGGGAGGAGUACAGGGCGCACAAGUCCGUUUUGGCAGCCUGCAGCGCCUACUUCAGUGAGCUCUUCAUUGAGAAGGGAGCCAUCUCCAGCCACGAGGCCGUAGUUGAUCUGUCAGGCUUCAGCAAAUCCAGCUUUCUUCCUUUGUUGGAGUUCGCCUACACUUCAAACCUGUGCUUCAACUUCUGCAGCAUGGCUGAGAUCGCCACUCUGGCACGCCACCUGCUUAUGCUGGAGGUGCUGGAGAUAUGUGAAUUUGUGCACAAACAGGUGGAGGAGAAGAAGCUGACAGUCUACCAAAAGGGGGACGUGCACACCAUUGUGUCCUCUGGGGUCGUGUCUGAGGAACAUGAGGCGGCCCAGGCUUUCACCGAGGAGCACAUAGAGCCGCAGCCUCCCCAGGAGCAGGAGGUGGAAAUGCCUGGGAACAGUGAAGAGGGGCCUUUCCUGGUGACUGUCCAGGAUGACGACGAUGCCUCCGGUGGCAUUAUUUUUAAUGGGGAGACUGCGGCUGCAGGAACCAAACAUCAAGCUGACAUUCAGACCAUGAGGGUAGCAGAGAGUAUGACUAUAGCUGCUGUAAUCCAAAGCACUGAGUCUCCAGCUGCGACUGAAGUCAUUCAGGAUGACCCCCCAGAAAAAAGCCAAGAGCCUGACGCCAUUGUGAUAAAUAUUGAGACAGCCGAGGGUGCCUCAAAAGCCGUGGUGCAUUUGGAGGCCAGAGCACCCCCUGUUAUAGAGGAGGAGGAGGAGGGGGCAGAGGAAGUCCAACAGCCUGUUCCGGUCCCUAAACGGAAGCGCGGCCGUCCGGCCAAGGUGAAGCAGGAGGUGAUUGUGGUGGAAGAGGUGGAGACCCCGGAUGUCAUGGAGGUGGCCGAGGACAGUGCAGGCCUCUGUGACGGGGAAGCCACAGUGGAUGAUACAUAUAAGAGCAGACUGAGGCAGCGCUCCCUGGAGGAGGGGGGCUACAUCCGGCUCCACAUGGGCAUGGAAAACAAGCUGCAGAACAGGAAGGGGAACCCCCGCUCUGCUGUCCAGAAGGUGGCUCAGCGGCUGGUGAAACGGGGGCGGUUGAUGCAGCCUCCCAAGAAGCAGCAAGGAGAGCAGGCUGAGUCGACUGAGAGUGAGCACAUGUGCACUGAAUGUGGUAUGGUCUUUCAGCGCCGGUACGCCCUCAUCAUGCACACACUGAAGCAUGAAAAAUCCAGAGGUUAUAAAUGCACGCUCUGCAAUAAGGAUUUCCAGUAUGCAGCCUCCCUGCGUGCCCACUUGGUCCGACAUAAACGCAAGAGUGAGACCGCACAGCCCAGCAGCAGGGCAAUCCCUGAAGCGGAUGCAGAGGAAGGGGCAGCAGUGGGGAAGUCCAAGGGCCGAACUAAGAGGGAGUUUGUCUGUGAUAUCUGCGGGAGGACUCUGCCUAAGCUCUACUCCCUCCGUAUACACAUGCUGAAUCACACAGGCGUCCGGCCGCAUACAUGCAAGGUGUGUGGGAAGUCAUUUGCCCACAAGCAUAGUUUGAAAAUGCACAAAGCCCUUCACGAUACCUUAAAGCAGUUUCAGUGCACGUUGUGUGAUAAAUCCUUUGUCACCAAGCGCAGCCUCCAGGAGCACAUGAGCAUCCACACAGGAGAGUCCAAGUACCUGUGCGCUGCAUGUGGGAAGUCAUUCCACAGAGCCUCGGGACUGAGCAAGCACUUAAAGAGGCACCAGCCGAAGCCUGAAAUCCGUGGAUUCCCAUGUACUCAAUGUGAUAAAAGCUUCUAUGAGGCGAGAGACCUCCAGCAGCACAUGAACAAGCACUUGGGCUUAAAGCCGUUCCAGUGUCAGGUGUGUGGGAAGUGCUACAGCUGGAAGAAGGACUGGUACUCCCAUGUGAAGUCACACUCUGUCUCCGAGCCCUACAAGUGCAAUGUGUGUGGGAAAGAGUUUUAUGAGAAGGCUCUGUUCCGGAGACAUGUCAAAAAGGCCACUCACGGCAAGAAGGGCAGAGUGAAGCAGAACCUGGAGCGUGAAUGCGAGCACUGUGGUAGGAAGUUCAUGCAGCUCCGCGAAUACAGGAGACACAUGAACAACCACCAGGGCGUGAAGCCUUUCGAGUGUCUGACGUGCGGAGUGGCGUGGGCGGACGCUCGCUCACUGAAGCGGCAUGUGCGCACGCACACAGGAGAGAGGCCCUACGUGUGCCCAGUCUGCCAGGACGCCUACAUCGACGCCCGCACUCUGCGCAAGCACAUGACCAAGUUCCACAAUGACUACAUCCCUGGCAAGAUCAUGCUGGAGAAGGACACACUGCAGUUCCACAACCAGGGCACACAAGUGGAGCAUGCCAUCAGCAUCAUUGCCCCCGACCUGCCUCCCGAGCUGGGGGAGCGGAGCGAGGAGGAGCUGGUCAGCGAGGAGAUCGAGACCGUUCUGGUCACUGAGGAGACCAUUGAGGCCGUUGAAGCAGUGGCCGCCACUGAGGAGUGUGAUGCUGUUUCCACCCUGUCUGACCAGAGCAUCAUGCAGGUGGUUAACUACGUCCUGUCCCAUCAGACAGGCCCCGUCAAGCUGCCUGAGGUUCCCCCUGAAGCCAUUGAAACUGUGGAAGUGGAAGUGGCGCAUGUUCCAGAGACAGAGUGAUACACAGCACUCAUUGAGCAGUAUUUAUCCUAGCUCCUGCAGACCCCACCUCUUCUCCAGCUUGAGUUUUAUGGCAAGAACGGACAUAUGCUUUUGUACUUGUUCGUUUUGUUUAAGCUUAAGAAAUGACUUAGCAUACUUAAAUUGGGUUUAGCCUUUUAUGUAAGGGGAAAACACCAAACCUGCUUGAAAAAGGUAAUGUUGCAAUCUGUGAAAGUGUAAAUAGCAAGGUGUUUUUUUUUUUUUUCCUUUUGCUUUACAAACUUGGACAGAGUACAAUGACAAUACUUAAUGCCGCUUCGUCUAGAAAAGUCCACCACCUUGUUUUGACUGUACUUUGUUGGCUCCCUCCUGUAUAUGGCCGUAUCAACCACAUAAUGUUGUAUGUGCUUUGUAAUUCUGUUGAAGAAUAAACGUAUAUGACUUAUGGA